AUGAGUAUCAGCCUCAUUGAUCUGAAGCUUCAGUGGAAUAAGCUGUCCAAGACUCUGAACUUCUUGGCUUCACGGAUUUCCUGGGCUGUUCGAAGUGCUUUCCAGCUCCGCCUCAGUGGGAUCGGCUUAUCCUCGAAAGGCUCAUACGGAGACUCGGAGAUUCCAAAUGGCAACAACUACAAGGUACAGGUGAAACAGGCUAUACAGGAGCACAGGUCAUUAAGAGCAACACUGAUCGAAAUGGCACUCGAUCGUGUCAAAAGCUCAGGCGUGCUCCGGUUUCUUGGAACGUUGAUCUGCCCCCUUUACCGUAAAACAGCUGCAGAAGGAAUCCUGCGAUCCACGAGCUUAUGA